UUAUUUCAAUGAUUAUUUUCCAACACUGUUAACCAAUUAACCCAUGUCAACAAGGCACCCACAAGUGUCAAAAACUCUGUCCUAUUAUUAUCGAGAAAAGUGAAAUCAUUAGUUUUUGCAAAAUAUUCGUUAAUAAUUGAUAAAAGUGAAGGAAAAAUCUAAUUCGUAAAAUAAUAGCGCCAUUGCCAGGCAUUAAUAAAAAACUAUGGAAAGUUUUUUUGGUCGAGGCCACGAUGGUUAUGUUGGACGCGAGGAACAUAUUAAAAAGUUGCAGACCAACUGUUCGGAAGAUGACAACUUAGAUGAACUGCCACCGAUGAUGGAAGAACUGUGUGUGGUAGAUGGCUUACGACCAAGUCCCGGUGGUCCAUUCUCUGCUCUAACGCCAUCAAUGUGGCCGCAAGAGAUACUUGCAAAGCUGGGCCAACCCGAGGCAGAGCCUACUGGUCCAAACGAUCAACCAGAUUAUCGUUUUGACGAAUUUGGUUUCCGUGUGGAAGAGGAAGAUGGUCCAGAACAAAGUUCUAACAAAUUGCUUUCCCAACCAUUCGUGGAAGAUGCCCAACAACGUUUACAGUGGAUAGCGCACCUAGAAUUUUCACACAACAAAGAGGCUACUGAAUUAACUUGGGAAAAUGUGGAUGUUAUGCUCCCGCGUACUGAAAAAUUACGAAUUAUGGUGCGUGAAGGUAUACCACACUCAUUACGAGCGCAAAUGUGGAUGCGAUUAUCUGGCGCAUUGGCUAAAAAGCAGAAAAGCGAAACAAGUUAUCACGAUAUUGUUAAAGCCUCAGGAAACGAUCAACUUAUGACCUCAAAACAAAUUGAGAAAGAUCUCUUGCGUAUAUUACCAACAAAUGCGUGCUUCAGCAACCCACAUGGCACAGGAAUACCACGUCUGCGCCGAAUACUACGCGGCAUUGCUUGGCUUUUUCCAGAUAUUGGUUAUUGUCAAGGUACUGGUGUCAUAGCCGCUUGCUUGCUGCUUUUCAUGGAGGAAGAAAAUGCUUUCUGGAUGAUGGCGACCAUAGUGGAAGAUUUGUUACCCGCUUCGUACUAUUCCUCAACGUUAUUGGGCAUACAAGCCGAUCAACGUGUGAUGCAAACGCUGAUUGCUAAUUAUCUAACAUCAGUUGAUGAAACACUGAAGAAACAUGACAUCGAGUUAUCGCUAAUAACUUUACAUUGGUUUCUGACACUAUUCGCGAAUGUAGUGCAUAUGAAGAUAUUGGUGCGCAUUUGGGAUUGGUUUUUUUAUGAUGGAAGCAUUGUUCUCUUUCAACUCACAUUGGGUAUGCUGAAGUUGAAAGAAACGGGUUUACAAAAUCUUGAGAACUCCGCUCAAAUAUUCAACUCAUUAUCUGAUAUACCUGGCGAAGUUGAUGACGUGCAGAUACUUUUUCAUCAAGCACUUGAGGUGGGUGGCUCUUUAAGUCAAACUGUCAUUGACACGCAUCGCCGACGACAUCUUGCCUACCUUAUGGCAGACCAAGGUGGACUUGUGGGUAAUCCUGAGGCAGUCCCGAAUCUACCCAAGCAACAUUUAGCUCGUCGACAGGUGCGAAAAAGCAAAUCUAUAUUAGAAACUCUGCUAUUUCGUGGCGAGCCAGACUCUGUAGAACUGAAAAAUAAGAAUAUACGACAGACAGAAAUUCUGGUAGACUUACGUGAGGCAAUUUUGAAGGUAGCGCGCCACUUCAUUACCAUUGAACCGAAAUUGUCAGCACUCAUACAAUUGACAGCGAAUUAUAGUACUGAUUCGCAUGCGAAGGAUCAUGAAAAUUUCAUUAAUGUGGCGCGUCGACGGAAAAGAAGGGCCAAGGCGUUACACGAUUUUGAACGUCAUGAUGAUGAUGAGCUGGGCUUCCGUAAAAAUGACAUCAUCACGAUAAUUAGUCAAAAGGAUGAACACUGUUGGGUGGGGGAAUUGAAUGGCCUCCGCGGCUGGUUCCCAGCCAAAUUCGUCGAGUUGCUAGACGAGCGAAGUAAACUAUACACUUCGGCUGGCGACGAUGCGAUUUCUGAAACUGUGACAGAUUUGGUGCGUGGUACAUUGGCGCCAUCGAUUAAAGCUUUCCUCGAACAUGGCAUGAAAAGACCAUCGUUUCUGGGUGGUCCAAUACAUCCAUGGCUUUUCAUCGAAGAAGCAGCAACUCGUGAAGUUGAAAAAGAUUUCGAGUCGGUUUACAGUCGCUUAGUGCUAUGUAAGACGUAUCGCUUGGAUGAAGAUGGCAAAGUAUUGACUCCGGAAGAGCUCUUAUUUCGCUGCGUACAGGCAGUUAAUCAAUCACACGAUGAAGCGCAUGCCCAAAUGGAUGUCAAAUUACGCUCACUUAUAUGCCUUGGACUGAAUGAACAGGUGCUGCAUUUGUGGCUGGAAGUGUUGUGUUCAUGUCAGGAAGUUGUACAAAAGUGGUAUUAUCCCUGGAGUUAUAUUGAUUCGCCGGGCUGGGUGCAAAUCAAAUGUGAGCUUCGGAUACUUUCACAAUUCGCUUUCAAUUUGAAUCCAGACUGGGAACUACCGCCGAAAAGAGGCAAGGAGUCACAACCACUUAAAGAUGGUGUCCGUGACAUGCUGGUAAAGCACCAUUUAUUCUCGUGGGAUUUGUGAGUCUUAUAGCAACAAAGCCGUAAUGGCAAUUAAUGCAUUUGUAUAUGAGUUUAAUUUCUUUUAGUAAAAUGUAGUGAGCAAACUUUAA